GGUUGGUGGUGGUCACGGACGAUAUAAAAUAAACAAAAAAGGUAGGUUGGGGUUGGUGUGGUCAAAAAGUCAACAACAUACGUAUCCUCUUCUUCUACUUAUAGGCAGCCCAUUUUUGAUUAUAUUCAUCUAAACCUAUCUAAGAAUCGAAGAAAUCAAAUCGGUCAAAGCAAUGGGUUUUGAGAAGAUCAAGGUCGCCAAUCCCAUCGUUGAGAUGGACGGAGAUGAAAUGACCAGAGUUAUUUGGAAAUCAAUCAAGGAUAAGCUCAUUUUUCCCUUUGUAGAGUUGGACAUAAAGUACUUUGACCUUGGUCUCCCAUACCGUGAUGCUACCAAUGACAAAGUUACAAUUGAAAGUGCAGAAGCUACUCUUAAGUACAAUGUAGCCAUCAAGUGUGCUACUAUCACUCCAGAUGAAGCUCGUGUUAAGGAGUUUAACUUGAAGCAGAUGUGGAAGAGUCCUAAUGGGACAAUUAGGAACAUCUUGAAUGGAACUGUCUUUAGAGAACCAAUUAUUUGCAAAAAUGUCCCCCGACUGGUCCCAGGUUGGACAAAGCCUAUAUGCAUUGGAAGGCAUGCCUUUGGUGAUCAAUAUCGAGCAACUGACAGUGUCAUUAAAGGGGCUGGGAAACUUAAACUUGUUUUUGUUCCAGAGGGACAAGGUGAGAAGACAGAGUUAGAAGUUUUCAACUUCACUGGUGAUGGAGGAGUUUCGUUGGCCAUGUAUAACACAGAUGAGUCCAUUCGUGCUUUUGCUGAGGCCUCUAUGAACACUGCCUAUCAGAAAAAGUGGCCUCUUUACCUUAGUACAAAAAAUACUAUUCUUAAGAAGUAUGAUGGAAGAUUUAAGGACAUCUUUCAAGAGGUUUACGAGGCUAACUGGAAAUCAAAAUAUGAGGCUGCUGGGAUAUGGUAUGAGCAUCGUCUCAUUGAUGAUAUGGUGGCGUAUGCUCUAAAGAGUGAAGGAGGUUAUGUGUGGGCAUGCAAGAACUAUGAUGGUGAUGUCCAGAGUGAUUUCUUAGCCCAAGGGUUUGGAUCUCUUGGACUGAUGACAUCUGUACUGGUGUGCCCUGAUGGGAAGACAAUAGAAGCAGAAGCUGCUCAUGGUACAGUUACGCGACAUUACAGAGUUCACCAAAAAGGUGGUGAAACCAGCACAAACAGCAUAGCAUCUAUCUUUGCUUGGACUCGUGGGCUUGCACACAGGGCAAAAUUGGAUGACAAUCCUGGACUCUUGGAUUUCACUGAGAAACUGGAGGCAGCUUGUAUUGGAGCUGUGGAAUCUGGGAAGAUGACCAAAGAUCUUGCACUUAUCAUUCAUGGCUCUAAGCUUGCUAGGCACCAGUACCUGAGCACUGAGGAGUUCAUUGAUGCUGUGGCAGACGAGCUCAAAGCAAGACUUUCUAUUGCAGCUUAAUUAUGAACAUGGUCCAAAAUGGCAAGGGUUGAGAGCUCUUGAUGAUGCUUCUGGGCUUUUGCAGGGAAAGAAUAAAGGUGCAAAUGAUGGUGGGGGAUGUAAUUUGAUGACUUUAAUCGCCAUUUCAGAACUCUCUCUCCAUCUCCCUGAUUUAUCUCAUUAUUUUUAAGGUUUUGAUUAUGCACUCUUUAAUGGAUGAGGAUUUUGAUACAAUUUCGGUUUGUCAUGGUUCACUGCUACUUCACUCUAGCUGUGACCAUAUGAUGAUUAUUCCGAUGAACAGCUAUUUGGAAAAGAAAUGAGAUAAUGAUCUCACCUUUUUAUAACCUUUA